UAAAAAACGAGAAAAACUCAUUUAUCAUUUCUGAUCUAAUCCAAUAGUAGUGUCACCGGUGACUGAACUUCUUUAUCGACGACGGAAGGAGAGAAUCGUAACACUGAACCAAAUUCGAUACGCGAAACCCUAACAAUGGCGUUCGAGAUACCACUGGAUCAGAUAAAGCAGUUACAGAUCCUGCUACGCAAAGAGGCCAACCUCUCCUGGUACCAACCGGAGAAAGACGAAAAUCUCCCCCUCCCGAAGCUAACUUCCGUCGCAGAAACUGUCUCCAAACUCGAUCCCUCAGCACCUUACCUCCGCUGUAAGAAUUGCAAUGGCAGACUCCUCCGUGGCGUCCAGUCCUUCAUCUGCGUCUUUUGCGGCACAAAUCCUCACAAAGACCUUCCUCCCGAACCUAUCAAAUUUAAGAACUCUCUCGGGUAUCAUUGGUUGCUCGAAUCCCUUCAACUUGAUGGAUCGGAGAUGGUGGUACCAGUGGUGGAAGAACAUGCAUCAAAUAGAGCAAGGAGUGAGUUAAAAGAUGAGAUUCCGUUAUCUGAACUACUAGAUUUGGAAAUUCGAUGGCCUUCUGAGGCUGAGAGAAUUCUGUCGAGUAACUCAGAUUCGGCAGCACUUCUGGGGGAAAGUUCAUUGGAUUUGGCUGGUGUUGAUCUUGAUUGUUUUUUCGAUCGGAGGGAAUCUGAUUCCAAUGUGUCUGAGGAGAAUUCGACCGCUGAAAAACACGUAGGUGCUGCUUCAGAAAACAAUUUCCAAGCUAAUGAGAAUCUUAGUUUGUUUCAGAAUGUCCAAGCUUCGGAGGCAUCAGGAUGGUCUGUAGAAGAUCAGAGUGGUGAUUCCUUUUCGGGUUGGGAGGCCAACUUCAAGUCUGCUAGUUCUGGUCCUGUUCACGUUGAGUCGAAGUCGGUCGAUCAUUCUAAAGUUGAAUUGGAUACAGUAUCUAUAUAUGGUAAAGAUUCUGUUGGUGUAAAGAAGAAUGAUGAUUUCAAUCCUUCAGCAUCCAGUGAAGAUGAUUGGUUUCAGGGUGAUAGAUUCAGAACUUCUGACUCAAAGAUAGAUGGCCAUUCUGGGAAGUCGGAAACGACCAUGGAUUUUCAUAAUACAAAAACAGCAGAAAUUGACAAUGGUUCUUCAAAUAGAAAUUUGGACUGGAUGCAAGAUGAUCAAUGGCAAAUGAGUGACACCAAGAUACCUGAUAUUGUGGCUGCCGAUGAAGAAGAUGAUUCAUGGAAUGAUUUUACUGGCUCAGUUAGAACACAAGAUCCUUCUGGUAUUAUUUCCAGCUCAAAGAUAACUGCCCAGACUGGAAAUUUGGAAUUUUCUGCAGAUCUGUCUGAUAUGAAAACAGCAGAGGGUGCUAAUAGUUCUUCUAACAGGGACUUUGACUGGAUGGAAGAUGACCAACAACAAGAUAAUAAUAACAAGACAACCGAUAAUGUCAGUACUGAUGAAGCUGCUGAUUCAUUUGAUGCAUGGAAUGAUUUCACUGGCUCAGCCACUACACAAUAUUCUUCCCACAGUGUUUCCAAUUCCGAGAUAACUGACCAGACUGGGAAAUUUGAAAAGAAUGAAGAUCCUAAUAAUACAAAUAUUGCAGAAAGUGCUGUUGGUUCAUCUAGUAAUUUUGACUGGAUGCAAAAUGACCCAUGGCAGGGGAGCAACAACAAGGCAGCUGGUAUUAUGACUACUAAUGAAGUUACUAAUUCAUUUGAUGCAUGGAAUGAUUUUACGAGUUCAGCCAUUUCACAAAAUCCUUCCAGUAGCAUUGCACACUCUGAGAUAAAAGACCAGGCUGGUAUAUCUGAAAUUCCUGCUGAUCUUCAUGAUACCAAAACAGAGAGUGCUAAUGCUUCUACAGUUAAAAGUUUUGACUGGAUGCAAGAUGAGCAAUGGCAAGUUAGCAGUAACAAACCAACCGAUAUUAUGAAUACUAAUGAUAUUACCGAUUCAUUUGAUGUUUGGAGUGGCUUUAGUAGCUUGACCACUAGACUAGAAGAUCCUUUCAGCAAUAAUCCUUUACAAGCUGUGAAUCAAAAUCAUUCUGAAAAGACCUUUGAAAUGGAUUUAUUCGGAUCAUCAAACAACUCACAUGAUAUGGACUUCAGUAGAUUUUCACAACAUGAUAUUUUAGGACAGUUUGAUAAUCAACUGAGUUCUUCUGCAGCAACUGAUACACAACCUGCAGCUGCUUCUUCAAACAGGGUGGCUGAUGUAGAUACCAUGAGACAAACCCCAAGAGAUGUUUCCACUGCAGAAGUAGGGUCAAAAGAUGACUUAGAGAUAUUGAUGUCACAGAUGCAUGAUCUCUCCUUUAUGCUUGAGAGCAAUAUUUCAUUUCCUCCAAAAUGAGAUGCACCUACGUUAUUUUUGUCAUAAUUCACGUUCAGUCAUUCUACAUCUCAAUAUUAAGAUUAAUUUUGUAAUCUGUGGCACAGUUCUUCUCCUUUCAUUGUAUCUUUUUUCUUUAAUGUAAAGGUCGGGGAUAUGGUUUUAAUUCCACUCUUUGAUAUUUUCUUCCUUUUUUGGGUGGAAUUCCUAAAUUAGUUUUUGAUUGUAAAUCAAGCAUGUUGGUGUUGUGUUGUUUUAUGGAACGCAACUACUUACAUUAGCAUUUGGGGGAGAUAAUUAUUACUUUGGUACCAGUGAGUACAAUAAUAUUGUAAUAGUGUCAUAAAACCUGGUUAGGACCGCCAAGUUGGAUCAGUCCAACUGGAAACUGGUCAUAUGGCCAGUCCGAGUUGUUUUUUGGUUUUUUUUUAUGCACUCUGUGCUUACACUUCUUGUGAAACAUAUUCUUUUUAGCUGCGUUAGUCUUAUCUCUUCAGACUGCUAUUCAAAUCUUCACCUUUACCUAAAGAAAAUGGUCAGAUCAAUCAUAGUUAAAGGAGGAGUUUCACUGUUGAUCUGAAACCUGCUAUAUUCUCAUCAUUUGUGUGGUGCUUUAUCUCUUGAAGAAGUUUGCUGGAAGUUUAUAAUGAUUAUUAAUUUUGACA